AUGACCGAAGACGAGCGCUACAUGCGCCUUGCGAUCGCCGAAGCACACCGGUCGCCGCCGGUUGACAGUGCGUUCUGCGUCGGCUGCGUCGUCACCAAGGACGGCCGCGUCCUCGCGACAGGUUUUUCGAGGGAGUUGCCCGGCAACACGCAUGCGGAGCAAUGCGCGCUGCUCAAGCUGCAAAUGCAGGCGAAUGGAUCGACGCUCUACACGACGAUGGAGCCAUGCAGCGUGCGCCUCUCGGGUAACAAGCCGUGCGUUGAGAGCUGCAUCGAGGCCGGCGUCGCCCGCGUCGUCGUCGGCGCCAUGGAGCCCAGCACGUUCGUAACAUGCACAGGCGUCCAGCUUCUGCGCGACCACGGGAUACAAGUCGACCUUCUCACGGGUCUCGAGGCCGACUGCUUGGCCCCGAACCGCCACCUCGAUUUAGCCUAG